AUGACUACAGUUUUCCCCAAUGAUUCAGCUCCCUUGACAGUCUCGUUGAGCACGCGGUCGUGUGGUGUUGCAGACAUGCGCCACCGCUACGGCCCCAUCGUGCGCGAGGAGGCGCUGGGCAACGUGCCGGUGGUGAGUCUGUUCGACGCGGAGGCCAUCGAGAAGGUGGCGCGCUACCCGUCGCGCUACCCCAUCCGCCCGCCCACGGAGAUCUCCGUCGUGUACCGCGCCUCGCGCCCCGACCGCUACACCAACCACGGCAUCGUCAACGAGCAAGGGGAGAAGUGGGCGAAACUUCGCCAAUCGCUCGCAAAGGAGGUAGAGCGUCCCUACACCAUUAAUCGCUUCGUUCCCGACUUGGACCUCGUGGUGCAGGACUUCAUCUCCCUGCUGCGCGGCCGGCGCGACGCCAGCAACUUCGUGCCCGACCUCGAGCUCAUCGUCAAGCACCUCGGCCUCGAGAGUUCGCGGAGUAUGAGUACUUUAGUACUUGGUCGCCGGAUUGGAGUUCUAAAUAGUAAUGUUGCAUCUGCUGACAGAGAAUUCGGAUUGAAAUUGGCACGUGUUGUAGAAGAUCAUUUCUGUGCCUGUCGCGAUUCUUACUAUGGACUUCUCCCAUUGUGGAAAUAUAUACCAACACAAACGUAUGCACAGUACACGAAAGCAGAAGAUGAAUUUUAUGAAAUUAUUUCAAAAUUUGUAGACGAAGCUCUUCAAGAUGAACAAAACACUUCUGCCACUGAACCUGUUAAAAAGGUUUUUAUGUCAAUUCUGGAUGCUAAAGAUAUGGCGAUAGAAGAUAAGAAGAGUGCAGUUAUAGACUUCAUCGCAUCCGGUCUCAUGACAAUGGGCAGUACUUUAAUAUUCCUUUUGUAUCAUGUAGCCAAAAAUCCAAAAGUACAAGAGAGAUUAUAUGACGAGCUUAUAUCACUCAUCCCUGCUGGAGAAUCAAUUACAGUGAAAGACUUAUUAAAUGCACGUUAUCUAGAUGCUGUUGUCAAAGAAACUUACAGGAUUCAACCUACUGCAACGAGUGUUGCCAGGAUUCUGGAAGAAGAAAUGGAACUAAGUGGCUAUCAUCUACCAGCUGGAACUGUUGUCCUCUGUCAAAACUGGAUAGCAUGCACAGAUGAAAACAACUUCACUCACGCAAAUGAGUUCAGACCUGAACGGUGGCUACCUGAAAGUUGUGCCGGAUGGAAAUGUAGAGAAAAUCUGGUGGCCCCAUAUGGCUUCGGGGUAAGAAUAUGCCCUGGUAAACGUUUCACACAUCAAAUGCUUCUCCUUUUAUUGGCGAGAAUGGCACUAAACUUCAAGAUGGAAUACACUGGAGAACUUACCACUAAAUUUGAAUUUCUUGUAGUUCCAAAAGGUCCUAUAAACCUGUUUUUACAUGAUCGACAAUGA